AGGGAGGUGCGGGGGGGAGGGUGCCUCCAGCUGGGAACUCGCUCAGCUGGUGCCCGCGUCGCACAUCGGUGCCAGGAGACGGACGAGAGCGACUGCCGCCCGACCAGACGGAGACGGAGUAGCAGCCCCGUACGCCGAUACAGUGGAGGACAGGUGGCACGCAGCGUGUGGCAGUCACGCCAGGAGACGUGACCACCACCACCACCACCACCACAGUCGUCUCUGAAGACCAGGGGACCGCGUGAGACGCACGGCGCAUCAUGCAACACCACCAGACCACCUCGGCAGACCUUCCCGCCUCUCCCGAGGAUGAUCGCGGAGUUCGUCUCAAGCUCACGCCGGCGGUGCUCGAGCAAGCGCGCCUCCGCCGAAUCCCCGGGUUCCAGAAGCCGCGGACUCUCAGCCGCAUCCAGGCGGGCCGCGAGAAGCAGGAGCUCGAGCGGCAAAACGGCGCCGAGGAGGGGGACGCCGCCGCCGCUGCCGCCAAGCUCAACGGAAAGCCCUCCGCUGGCAAGCGGGCGACCCUCUCCCAGCAGUGGAUGGAGGUGACGCAGGGAGAGUCGGCGGACGGGGCGCCCCCCCGUGCAUGCCCCGGCUCGACGGCAAAGCCCACCGCCUCCGCUCCAAAAUUCUCCGCCUUCCACGCCACCGCCAUGCCCGUCGCCAAAAUCCCGGCCCCUCCGAGCCACCCUCCGCCGGCCGCCCCUUCCGCCGCCGCCGCCGCCCGCGUGCCGACGACGGCCGACAACCGUCCGGACGUCCCGGGCGGCGAUCGCGCCGACGGAAGGGAGGCCGUCGUCCCUGGCUCCGCGGCCGCCGUGGAUCUCGACUCCGACAUCCCGCCGCCCCCCGGCGUGCCGGCACCGCCGCCCCCCGGCUUGCCGGCACCGCCGCCGCCACCGCCGCCGCCGCCGCCGCCGCCGCUGCCGCCGCUCGUAACAGAAAACGGCGUCCGCUCGGCGUGGCCGCGGCCCGGCAGCAGCCUGAGCAGCGGCAGCAUGGAGGAGACGUACGGCUCGUCGUCCCGCCGCUCCUCCUCCUCGUCGUCCAGCAUGCCCGUGUUCAACAUGCAGUCGCCGGGGCCCAACGACGCGCUGCUGCAGGAGCUCAAGGCGGGCCGCGUGCUGCGCCCCACCGCCAAGAGCAAGGCCGUCACCACGGUGUUCUCCGGCCGGGGACAGACGAGCCUGAACGACAACGCACACAUGACGGAAACGCAUGCCGCGCCGCAGAGGGUGGACGGUGCCGGGGCGCAGGCCGGCGGUGUCACCACCAACCCCACCAACGCGGUCAAUGGCACGGUCAAAGCCACACCCUGUGUUGACCACAUGGCCAAUGGCGGCGCAGCUGGCACCAAACCGACAGCCAAUGGUGUGCCGAAAUCCUACAGCUCCAGUUACGGCCCUACCAGUCCCACCGCGGCCGGUGGGCUCGGCGCCAGUUCCAAUGCCGGUAAAUCUGCAACCACAAGUUUCUUCGGUGGACCCACUGCCAAUUCCGCUGCCGGUAAAUCCGUCGCAAGAUAUUCCUUCGGUGGACCCACCGUAAAUUCCGCUACCGGUAAAUCUGCAACCGCAAAUUCCUUCGGUGGACCCACCGCCAAUUCCUAUACUGGUAAAUCUGCGACCAUAAGUUCCUUCGGUGGAGCCACUGCCAAUUCUGCAUCCGAUAAAUCUGGGACAAGAAAUUCCUUUGGUGGAUCCACCGAAAAUUCCGCUGCCGGUAAAUCUGUGACUGCAAGUUCCUUCGGUGGAGCCACUACAAAUUCUGCAUCCGGUAAUUCUGCGACAAGAAAUUCCUUCGGCGGAUCCACUGCAAAUUCCGCUGCCGGUAAAUCUGUGACCGCAAGUUCCUUCGGUGGACCCACCGCAAAUUCUGCUGCCGGUAAAUCUACGACCGCCAGUUCCUUCAGUGGACCCACCAGCAUUUCCGCUGCCAGUAAAUUCACCAUCAGUUCUGCCGGUACAACAACCACCACCAGGGCAGGACCCAACUCCGGAGGUGACGUCACGGAUGGUAGCGGCGGCGGCGGUAGCGGGGACGCCUCCAGACUCAGGAUGAAUUUGAAUCCCGGAGGAGGAGGGGGAUGGGUGGUGACGCCUGGCGGGGGUGGCAGAGGAGGUACCACCAUCACUGGAGCAGCGGGUGGGAGUAAUGUCGCUAUCGGGCAGGUGCUCAACACCAAGGCGGCUGGGCCGGCUGGCGGGGGGGCCAGCUUCAAAAUCCGGAGCGCGAACGGAAAGGAAUUCGGAGGCAUGACGGCCGGCACGGUCAAGGGGGGAGCACCGACCGGUGGUGGCGGUGGUGCUGUUGGCGCUGGGAUGAACGGCCAGAUCAGGCCGGUGGUGACACUACCAGGUGAAGGCAAGGGAGCAGCACCAAUCAGUGGCGGUGGUGGUGGAAAAGCCUUGGGUGCCGGCGCCCGCGGUAGCAUUAAAUCUGCUGAGAAGAAUGGCCAGGUCCGGUCGGCAGUAGUGGCGCCCCCGCAGAUGCCCAGCGCGACGGGAAACACUCUGCCCAGCUGGCAGCUGGAGAUGAUCCAGCACAGGAAAUCCAAGAAGGUGGAGAAAUGAGAAGGACGUGUCCCUUGGUGGUGAGGUUUGACGAUAAAUGUUUUUUUGUUCCGGCCAGAGUGAUUGUUUAACUGAGAUUAAAAAUAAGCACCCGGGUGAGUGGAUGGUCCUCCGUCACCAAAUGGCUGCACAAAAAAAAAUAGAAAAAACAAUACAUUUAUUUCUGCACUUCAUUUGGAUAAAUUCCAAAGGAUUAAAUUAUCCGUUUGACUCUCGUGCAAUAAAACUCGCUCGCGCGUGGCAGAUAUAUUGUGCUAGUUGACCAGAGGUCGCUGAAAACAACGUCCGACGGUAGCUCUGUGAUAUCUGCUUCAGCGGGCCCUUCCCCCGUCACGAAUCGUCGCACUGCUCCGCGAGAGAUCCGAAUUCUCCGUCUCGUGACGCGACGCGCGUUGGCGCAAUCGGUCAUCAACAUCAGGUGGAAGAAAAAAAACACAAAACAGAUUGACAACAAAAAGGCACGGCAUUGAUUGCACGCGGUGGAAAUGUAAAUUAGUAUAUGCACAAAGGCAGUUUAAUAUAAUUGAAGCUCGUGAGAAUAUUUUCUGGAGGGUGGUGGGGUGGGGGGAACUCGAGGAUGGACUCAAGCUGCACUGCAAUGACACUCACGCACUUCCCGUGAUGUCCCUACUCGCUCGGUCGCUCGCUCGGACGUUGAUGCCACGGACUUCUCCAGAUCUCGUUCCGCUGCUUGGAGAGGAUUCAGCAGGGGAUGAGAUGGAUGGACGUUGGGAUGGGGGUGGGAUGGAUGGACGUUGGGAUGGGGUGAAUGCAUGGGCGUUGGGAUGGGAUGGAUGGAAGUUGGGAUGGGAUGGAUGGAAGUUGGGAUGGAUGGAUGGACGUUGGGAUGGGGUGAAUACAUGGACGUUAGGAUGGGAUGGAAGUUGAGAUGGGAUGGAUGGAAGUUGGGAUGGACGUUGGGAUGGGGUGAAUACAUGGACGUUGGGAUGGGAUGGAUGGAAGUUGAGAUGGGAUGGAUGGAAGUUGGGAUGGACGUUGGGAUGGGGUGAAUACAUGGACGUUGGGAUGGGAUGGAAGUUGAGAUGGGAUGGGGUGGAUGGACGUUGAGGUGGGCAACGGUGGUUUGGUUCAACGCAGCAAAGGCUCUGCCCCAUUGGACUGGAUGGGAAAGUCUGGUGCGCGUUUCUUGUCGUACGGCUAUAACUUUACUAAUAAAUCAGGUAUCGUGAUGAUGAAUGUCUUUAAUAAUUAUUGUGAUUACGAUAGUCGAGAAAUUAUGAUGGCGGCCCCCGGGCAGGAGAUGGAGCGAUGAAAUGAGUGGCUGUGGAGGUGCCGGGGUGGAUUAUUUAAUCGCAGGAUCGCGAAGGGAUUUUGGCGACAGUGGCGGCCGGCGGCUUUAGGGCAGGAGGCUCCAUCCAGCAGUGGAUUUAUCGUAGCUGAUGAUGGUGAAUAAUAACCGAGUGUAUUUUGUUGUUAUGUCAUCCAUGUGAAUCGUCAACACUCAUUUGUAAUACUGCAAUCGUAACAAGCAUGUCUUGCUCUACAAAUUGUGCCAUUUUGUAUUUUAGAAAAACGUGCACGCGCACAAACACACACGCACACACGAAGACAAAGACCCCCCCAAACCCAUAUCCUUUAAAAGGCUGUUUGGGGCCAGGUCCUGUUAGCGUGCACCAAUGAAGGUCGGCAUGGCACAAAAGUUGGGGUGGGUGGCCAAAACCCUACCCCGGCUGCCUUCGUCCCCCCCGGUGUUGACGUUUAUACACCACAUCAGGUACUCAUUUUAAGGCUGAGCUGACUUAGGAGCAGGCUCAGGGACCGAUUCAAAUAUUCACUCGCACUCGUAUUGAUCGUGAGCGGCAAUCGAACGCGGCACGCCGGGUUCGUAGCAAAGCGCAGCGUGUUAACCGCUGCAGCGACGCUCCCUCCACACGCAUCAAAGACACACACACACACACAAAGACACACACACACAUUAUAAAUUACACGCAUAUAACCUUGAAAGUGUCUAAAUGAAACGUGCUCUUGUGCGACGUGUGAAUGAUCCGCGUGUCGUCGCGAUACUGCGGGGCUGUGCGUGCAACUCCAUUCGUCCCGUGGUGGAUGUCGCGAACUCGCCCCGCGGUAUCUACGAACUGUUCCGUCUGUUUCGGCCGCUGGAGAUCGCCGCCUAUCGCCGUGCUGCAAUGUAAGGUCGACUGACGAGAGGGAGGCAAUAAACGUCGACUUUUCGUGGCAA